GUCCAGCCAAGAUGUCUUAUCAUGUUCCAGGAAGGGCCAACCAGGCGGGUAAAUGCAUAAGGUAGGCACCCAGUCUGAUCCUUCUUUCUCCUUCCUGUUCACGUAUAUUACGAUACCCUUCUAAUAAUCCACGAAGCUCUUUCUACUUGAGUAUCUUACUUGCCAGGGAAGACCAUGCUUAGUAGAGGUAAACAUUGUGGGAGGAAUGCUUUUGAGCAUCAUACAUCUAUGCUACGCCUUUCUGAUCGAUCUUUUGUAGUAUUUUUUUCCUUACAAAACGGCAAAAGGAGACAUGUCGGUACCCGCCCUGGCCCUCCAUUGAAGGCGCAUGGCCGUGGGCAGCAAGCUCGCACACCGGGAUGAGAUAGCUACCCCACAGUGCUUGCCGAUCGGACAUAUCCUCCCGAAUGUGAAUUAUCACAGCGUCGACCUCUGUACACCGCAGGCCGCAUCCGUUUUUGCUGGUGAUGAUUGUACAAGGUACAGCUUUAUCUUAGUCGUCUCAUGGCUUUAAUUCAAGGGUAGGAGAUAAAUCUUUGAGGUAGAUUGAGAUGGUGGAUUCUGCGAUAGCUAUCUACUUUAUUACUGAUCGGCGAGUAGUUGAAUAUCUACAAGGUGAAUGUGGUGUGGUAUAGACUAGAUCCUUACCGCUUUAGUGACACCCACAGGCCACAAACAGUUCCAUGGCGGUCCCGUUUCCACUUCGCGACCUUUUCUUGGCACCUUAGCUCUACGCCACGUGGUAGGCUCAAGAUGGUGUCUACUACUUGAAAGCCCUUAGUGUGUGUGACGUAUUUGAGCUUCGCAUCGUCGGCUGCUGCUCUGAACUGCCUCCUUAGGCGGCACUCAGUCAGCUGCGCUGGAGUCGUUGCAGCUAGUUCUUCGACUGCUUCUAGAGCACACGUCGCGUUCUCUUGCCACAGUUGUUCGAGUUUCGUGUGUAGAUCAGCUGCCGAGGCCCACCACUUGCGAUCGCUUAGUCUACAGCUGGACCAAUUGUGGUGCCUGUGUACUGGAACUGUCAGCGUUUUCUUGCUGUGUUUGUUCACCCCCAGCAGCACUGUGUUGUGAUAUGCUUCGCGUCGCGUUUUUAGCGUGUGUUUCACGCCUUUAAGCCACUGGCUUAUGCCGCUGUGUGACCCUUUUGCCUGCACAAGAAGGUAGCGACGGCCCUUCUUGGCGAUGCCCUUCGGACAUAUAGCCAGGUCCCCAAUGUGCUCUGGGGUGUCAGUUACUUCGAAGGCUGGCGCCAGCAGUUUUUUCAGGCGUCUGAUAGACCACUCCUCGAUGGCUCGUGGAGUCGACCCCAUCGCUUAUAGUAUUAGAAACUGAGACUACAGCUGGGCACUUUAUAUCCUUAUCUUAAUCGUAAAGAGUCUUGGGUGAACCAUCCAAAAAGCCCUAUGAGUCCUGCUUUCCCGAGUGCUUUAGUACUUGUUUCAAGGGGUCUUCCUUAUGAGAUCACGGACUUUUGUCAGAUACUCUAUUAGGUUAUAAUUUCACAAAAACCUUCCAUCAUAAUUUGCAUUUCUCACCUCACCUCACAGAUCCUUGCGCUGGUAUUGUCGUGGUGUAUCGCGGUCGCCGAUUGAGCUGAUCGCCUCGCUUUUUGAGCCUUUGGGGAACUAUCUUGUGAGAGGUUUCGAGGUGGUGCUACAGACGUGGACAUUUCAAAUUCAAGACUUUCCCAGAGAAGUGCAUCAUCAUUCGUCAUCCAGCUGGCUCAUGGGCUCAGCCACCCAGCUCUUCUCCACGGGAUCGCCUCAGACCUUGCCACGCACAAAGCCUUGCACCUUCGCAGCCACCACUUAACUAGCUAGUUAACUUAAUCUAUUAACUAGAUAUUUAAAGCUUAUAAAGAAUAAAUUUUACUGAUUCUGAAAGUGAAAAGACUUUUCGGUUCCAUACG